CUCCACGUCAGAGGACCAUAACCGUGUACCCCGUACGUAUCUCACUGCCUGCCGCUGGAAAGUCUGCUAGUUACAAUAGCUUGCUUAUGCCGGUUCCUUUGCCGUAAUAAAUUGAUAGCCCUUCAGCGCUGUAGAAUUCGUCUAUUUAUGACAGCCAUGAACGCCGCGUCCCUAGUCCACAAUCCCCAGUUUAGUCAUGCCUACAGCAACAACAGAUUGCCCACCUUUCCUACCUAAUCGCGAUUUUGUGGGCUACGGUUGGGAUACCCCUCAGGACUGCUGGCCCAACGGUGCCAAAAUCGCAGUUAGUUUCGUCAUCAACUUUGAAGAAGGUGGAGAGAGCACCCUCGCCAAUGGGGACGAGUACUCAGAAGGAUAUCUCCACGAAGCUUUUCAUAAAGCACCAUUGAAAGGCAAGAGGGACCAACAGCUGGAAACAAUGUUUGAAUAUGGCAUCCGCCAGGGGUUACCGCGUAUCCUACGCCUGUUUGAUCAGUACGACUACAAGUUCACUACACACGCAGUGGCCAGGGCAAUAGAGGUUUGUCCUCAAUAUGGGAAACUCUUGCCAAAGCUAGGUCAUGAAAUAGCUUGCCACGGAAACCGAUGGCGCUCGUUCUAUACUGCUUCUCCCGAGGAGGAGGCUGCACAUGUAUCAGAGGGCAUAGAUCGUCUUCAGCGCCUCACUGGUGACAGCAGUGUACCUAGCGGAUGGUACCUUGGCCGUGGAAGCAAUCAGAGCGCCAGAAUCAUUGCGCGGGAGCAUUUUAAGCGUGGCCUACCUUUACUCUAUAGUUCCGACACCUACGCAGAUGAUCUCCCGUAUUGGGUUGAAAGUCCUCUAGCAUCCGAGGGUAUCGAGGAUGAAGGCUUACUCAUGAUACCUUACAGCUUAGACUGCAGUGAUCACCGAUUCCUUUGUAAAGGAUCUGGAUGGUCAAGUUCUGAUGACUUCUUUUGGCAUAUGAAGGAGACAUUCGAUUACCUCUACGAAGAGGGCCUCGAGGGAAGGCCAAAGAUGAUGACAAUUGGGUAAUGCUUCUAUUAAUCUUGUCAUUUUGCGCACAACUUCUGAUAUAAACCUUCGAAGCCUUCAUAACCGCAUCAUCGGAAGGCCCGGCAGAUUUCGCUGUCUUCAAAAGUUUAUGGCGUACAUCUCUCAGAAGCCGGAUGUAUGGGUUGCGAGACGAGA